AUGGCGCAGGCGCCGUUUCGCAGCAUCCACAGCCGCUUGGCCAGCCGGUCAAUACGAAUCAUGAUAUCCCCUACGCCGUCUACAUUUGCCGAGCGACGCUCGAUAUUACAAGUGCUGAAGAAAUACGGGCACGUUGACACUUUUCGGCGAGAAAACCACCAAGCGAACCGAUACAUUUCCGUCACGGGAAACGAAGACACGGCCACGACGCUGACGCGUCUGAGCCCCAUUGCCUGCCGCAUAUCGCUGCCCCGGAUCGAGCCCGCACAGCGCGCGCGGCAGCUGCAAAGCCUGCAAGAGCUCGCGGCCCAGCCUGUGAUUGAGUUUCAGACGCAGACGACGACGACGAAUGACGACGAGGAGCACGCGUCGCCGUCGCCGCCGCCGCCGCCGGUGGUAGAUGUGGAGAAGCCCGGCGUCGACUUUGAGACGCGCGAGUUUGUGCUGACGAUUGGGUUCGCGCGCGACUACGACCACGGCAACGCGGCGACCAAGGCGACGGAGCACGCCGCUUGGCCCAAGGGUUGGGCGACGGACAGGUCGUUUGCGGCGACGGCGCUCGGGGCGGUGCUACCCGACACGCUGCUGCGAAAGGGCCUCUGCCACUGGCUCGUCAAGCCGGCGCCGGCGGACGCCGCGCGGGACGGUGUGCAACAGCGGCUGGAGCGCAAGCAGACGAUGCCGGGGCAGAUGACCAUGGCCGAUCCGGUCGUGGUGAUGGUGCCGAAGCCGCGGCGAAGAAAGUGA